AUGAUUAAAAGGAUAGAAUUGAGUCAAUUUUCCUUAAAUAAGCAGGUUUGGGCAUAUAGAAAAGACAAAGGAGUUGGAGUUUUGUUAGAAAUUGUGAUGUCUCCACCACUGCUUGGUGUUGGGGAGGAAGCGGAUCAGAGUAACAUCACUUUGUUGGCUUCUCCAGCCUCCUUGGACCGUAAUGUAUGUCAUAACAUCUUGGAACUGAAAGAGCAUAACUACAUGGGGUUGUCUAAUUGUUCUUCCGUAGAUAGCUCUACAAUAUCCACCACAUCGGGAGGCAAUAAUGGCUGUCUGAAUUUGAAGGCCACAGAACUGAGGCUUGGGCUUCCUGGAUCCCAGUCUCCAGAGAGGGAUUCAGUGUUUUCCUUGCUGUGCUCGCCAAAUCUCGAUGAGAAGCCACUUUUUCCUUUGCAUCCUUCGAAGGAUGGUAAUUAUUUGUUAUCACGUAAGACGGUUGGUUCUGGCAACAAAAGGGGUUUCUCAGAUGUUAUGGAGGGUUUCGCAGAGGGAACAUUUCUUGUCAGUUCGGAGGUAAAUGUGAUACUGUCACCCAGGCCUUCCCUGAACUCAGUUUUGAAAUCAGUUUCUGUGAAAGAAAACACUGGAACCCAACCACCCAAAACAAAAGAGGUGAUUUCCAAAAACACAGCUCAAGAGAAGCCUUGCACUGGUAGUGAGAUCGGUGCAGAUCGCGUUGCCACUGCAAAUAACAACAGCAAUGCACCUGCUACAAAGGCACAGGUUGUGGGUUGGCCGCCUGUUAGAUCGUUCAGGAAGAACACAUUGGCUUCUUCUUCAAAGAAUGCUGAGGAAGUUGAUGGAAAAGCAGGACCCAGUGCAAUGUUUAUUAAGGUCAGCAUGGCUGGUGCUCCUUAUCUAAGGAAAGUGGAUUUGACAUCUUACUCUGCAUAUCAGGAGCUCUCUUCUGCCCUUGAGAAGAUGUUUAGCUGCUUUACCAUAGGUCAGUAUGGGUCUCAUGGAGCUCCAGGCAGGGAGAUGCUGAGUGAGAGCAAGCUGAAGGAUUUGCUGCAUGGAUCUGAGUACGUCCUUACUUAUGAGGAUAAAGAAGGUGACCGGAUGCUUGUUGGUGAUGUCCCUUGGGAGUAA